GUCAAUGAAAUGUUAACGAAGAAGGACCUCCACGCAAAUCGCAGAGCUUAAACACCAUGGCUCUGCUUCUGUCGUAUUCGAUAAAUCCAUCAUCUUCUUCUUCGUCUUCAUGUUUCUUUGGGUGCCCGAAUGUCGUAAAGGACUUGGUCCCAAAACCUCGAACCCACCUCACUGCCAAGUCUCGUUCACUCUGCAGGGCUUCAUGGCAAGAGCUUGCGGGAGUUUUAAUAUUCUCCGCGAUUCCUUUCACUGCUGUGAAAGCCAUUGCUAAUAGCCCACUCGGAGAGUCGCUUCAAAGGAGAAUGGAGCAGACCAAGAAGUUCGCGGUUGAAAAUUCAUCCAAGUUCAAGGCCUUGGCAGAGAAGGCAAGAAAAGAGAGUGUAUGGUAUGGAGAAGAGCGCCCACGCUGGCUUGGUCCACUUCCAUAUGACUAUCCUGCAUAUUUAAAUGGUGAACUACCUGGAGAUUACGGCUUUGAUGUUGCAGGUCUGAGCAAGGAUCCUGCAGCUUUCCAGAAGUACUUUAACUUUGAGAUACUGCAUGCUCGCUGGGCUAUGCUUGCAUCGCUAGGUGCUCUGGUUCCCGAAGUAUUAGACAUAUUAGGAGCCUUUCACUUUGUUGAGCCUGUCUGGUGGCGAGUUGGCUAUUCAAAGCUUAAGGGAGAUACUCUCGACUAUCUUGGCAUCCCAGGACUCCACUUAGCUGGAAGCCAAGGAGUGAUCGUCAUUGCCAUUUGCCAAGUACUCCUGAUGGUUGGACCCGAAUAUGCAAGAUUUUGUGGGAUCGAGGCAUUGGAGCCUCUUGGAAUUUACCUGCCAGGUGAUAUCAAUUAUCCAGGAGGAGCACUAUUUGAUCCCUUGAACCUCUCCAAAGACCCUGUAGCUUUUGAGGAGCUGAAGGUGAAAGAAAUAAAAAAUGGGCGGUUGGCGAUGGUUGCAUGGUUAGGCUUUUACACGCAAGCAGCUUUGACUGGCAAGGGUCCUGUAGAGAACCUUCUUGAGCACAUCUCAGAUCCUUUCCAUAAUAACCUGCUUACCCUUCUCAAAUCCAUGUAAAAAUAUCUUUUUAAAUGCGUCCUCUACUCCUAUUCGAAAGCUUUGUUCCAUGCAAAUUGCAAGGUCAUGUAAAUAACACACUCAGUUUUUCUUGCUUCACAAAAUUAUGACUGGAGUGUAAAAGUAACCUUCGUUUCCUCCCUCCA